CAUGUACCAAUCCAUCCCAAGCACUCCAUUCAAUUAGUGGUUCAGACAAAAAAAGAGAGUUAAUCAAUGGGAUUGAUGGAGAAGUUUCCUCCGCUCUUGGGGCUGCUUCUGGUCCUAACCAUCCUCUGGCCUCAGGCCACGGCCGAUGGGCCGGUGUGCCCCAGUCCCCCCGAUGGCACGAGCUUUAGCCGAGCCUAUUUCCCUCAGGGCUUUAUGUUCGGCACUGCCGUCGCAGCUUUCCAGGUUGAAGGUGCCACCAACGAGGGUUGCAGAGGUCCGAGCUUGUGGGAUGCCUCCUGUCGGAAAUUCCCAGCUCAAUGCGGUGGUUUCACGGACAUUCAGGGCACUGAUUUCUACCAUCGUUACAAGGAAGAUAUCCAGAUAAUGAAAGAGAUGAACACAGAUGCGUUGAGACUCUCCAUUUCAUGGCCUCGAGUAUUUCCACAUGGGAGGAAGGCCAAAGGAGUAAACCAAGUUGGUGUGAAGUUCUACCACGAUCUCAUAGACGAGCUCAUUAAAAAUGGAAUUACACCGCUAGUGACUGUUUUCCAUUGGGACACUCCUGAAGAUUUAGAGGACGAAUACGGCGGCUUUUUAAGCGAACGCAUCGUGAAAGAUUUCACGGAAUAUGCAGAAUUUGUGUUCAACGAAUACGGAGACAAAGUCAAGCAUUGGGUCACUUUCAACGAGCCGUGGGUUUUCAGCCGAGCUGGUUACGAUGAAGGGAAGAAAGCGCCCUUCAGAUGCUCCAAAUACAUCAAAGAAUCAUGCGAAGAUGGACGGUCCGGGUACGAGGCCUACCUCGUCAGUCACAAUCUUCUCUUGGCUCAUGCAGAGGCUGUCCAAGCUUUCAGGAAAUGCGAGAAGUGCAAAGGUGGUAAGAUCGGAAUCGCUCACAGUCCGGCUUGGUUCGAGCCUCACGCCGGGCAAGACUCUGCAGCAAUCGAUCGGGCCCUUGACUUCAUCUUCGGCUGGCAUGUAGAACCUACCACAUUUGGAGACUAUCCUCAGACGAUGAAGGAUAUCGUCGGGCAUCGGCUGCCCAAAUUCACGGAGGAACAGAAGCAAAAACUGAGGAACUCGUGCGAUUUUCUUGGAUUCAAUUACUACAGCUCCUUCUUUGGUAUCGACACUCAGACAUAUGAUCCGACAAAACCCAGUUGGUACUCAGAUUCUCGCGUCAGUUGGGCUUCCAAUAAUAAGGAUGGGUUUAGGAUUGGAAGCAAACCUGAGACUGGUAAAUUCGCGGUCUACUCGCAAGGUCUGAAAGAACUCUUGAAAUUUAUCAAGGAAAAAUACAACAACCCGGAAAUCAUUAUCACAGAGAAUGGGUACGGUGAGAAUCUCGGGGCAGAUGAUGAAAACCCUAAAGUUGCACAAGCAGAUUACAACAGAAAAUACUAUCACCAGAGGCAUCUUCUAGGUUUGAGAGAAGCCAUUUGCGAUUACAAGGUGAACGUGACGGGAUAUUUCGCGUGGUCGUUGUACGACAACUUCGAAUGGCAGGACGGGUACGGGGUGAGAUUCGGACUGUACCACAUCGACUACAAGAACAAUCUGACCCGCACCCCUAAAGUCUCCGGCCUUUGGUACAGAGAUUUCCUCAAGAGAGAGACCGCACCCUCCAACAUCAAACAAGAACUCUGAGUUUUUAAAAAACAAUGUUCUGUCGAAUUUUUCGCAAUGCCUCUUGUCUUUGUUUCUAUGGUUGUGAUUAAGUGUGGCCUGUGACGCUGUUGAGACCAACCAUUUCUUCGUCCUUUUUAAUAAAAUUUGCGCAUCUUUUAUUCAACAAAUUAGUCAAUUGGAAUAUUUUUAUAUUUUUCUA